UAUGUUUUUGUUGACAUCACGAGCUGAAAUCCAAUUGAGCUGUGCAAAGCCAGAAAUCCAGUUCUCAUUUCAUUAUCUUGUUUCCAUUUUCCGAUAUUAGCCUGUUAAUUUAUCGGGCAUCAUGGGGAAAGGGUUCAAUAAUUACAUGUGCAAGAAAUUCUUCCACCCUGCCUCCAGAGACAACCUGAAGCGGGUAUGGAUGGCCGAACAGAAGGCAGAGGCCUACAGGAAGAAGCAGGAUGAGCUCCGACAACAGUACGAAAAGGAGCAGGAUUUGUACAACAACAAAGCGUUGCUAAGUGUCGAAAGCAAAGAUAAGCUGAGCGUCAACUUCUUGUACGAGCCGCCGCCAGGUGCGAAAAAGGAACGUGAAAAGGAAGAUGACGAACCUGAGUACAAAUUCGAGUGGCAAAGGAAAUACAACGCGCCCCGAGAAGACUAUUGCAAAGGAAACUCCGAAAUCCAAGACCAACCUUUCGGCAUUCAGGUGCGCAACGUGCGCUGCAUCAAGUGCCACAAAUGGGGUCACAUCAACACGGAUAGAGAGUGUCCGUUGUUUGCCCAGGCGAUGGAUAGGUCAGACGACAAGGAGGAGAGCGACGCCCUCAGGCUGGUGGCCGCCAUGAGGGACGACGGUUUGGCCAUGAAACGGGCCGCGCUCACCGCACAAACUCACUUGCCAGUUAGAGCGGAAAAUAUAAUUGAUUCGGAGGAUGAAGAUGAAAACGAAGAAGCUAAAUUCUUCAAGAGCCUCACAAAAAAGCAGAAACAGAAGCUCCUUAAGAAGCUGGAAAAGCUAGAGAGAAAGGAAAAGAAAAAGAAGAAAUCAAAGAAAAUGAGCGAAGAGGAAGAGAGUCCAAAGAGGGGACGGAGCGACGAGAAGAGGAAGAGGGACCGAGAUGACCACAGUCCCAAAAGGAGGCACAGAGAAGAGGAACGCAAGUUGAGCCCACGGAGGGAGGACCGGAGUCAGAAGAGGGGGCACAGUCCUCCACGAAGGGACCGCCAGCCUAAAGAACAAGAGCGGAGUCCCAGGAGGCGUGAUAGGGAACGACGUGACGAAAGGCGUGGUGGAGAGUCGAGCUACGAGAUGAAGAGAUUCAGGAACAGGAGCCGCAGCUGCAGUUCUGAAGAUGAGCGUCGUGACCGCAAGAGAAGGAAGUGAAUUAUAUCUCUAUGAAUGUGCAUAUAAAUAUAAUUUUAAAGUGCUAAGGUGUAUAAAAAAAUUAAACUAGUGAUUGGAUUUAAAAUUUUA